UUGAACAGAAAGUCCAGGGGAAGCUGAGCGAGAUGAGCACCGGCCUCAGCGGCGUGUUCCAGGGUCUUGUUGAGAAGUACCUGAAGAACGAAGCCCAGAAGGUGCUGUCUGGUAUCAGGAGCAGACGCUUCAUCAAGGACUUGUGGGAAGGCAUCAAGAAUGCCACCGCCUCUGCCGGAAGUGCAAUUGCUGAAGCUUUUAAACCACACGUGGACACUGUCGUCAGCGCCGCCAAGACCCUCCACCAGACCCUGAAGGGCCACGCCAGCAACUUGUGGAACGCCGUCAGUGGUCACGUGAACACCCUGAGUGACAAGCUGUCCGGUCACGUGCAGGACUUGAAGGACAAGGGCAAUCUCUUGGUUCAACACGGCACAGACGCCCUGACCGCCCUUAAGGCUGCUGCCACUGAGAUCCUUGGUCAAACUUUCCACAACAUGAACCACACAAUCCACGGUAUGAUCAACACUGGGAAAGACGCCGCCGGCACCGUCGUCGACCAUUUCACCGGAGGAAAGUAAAUGACUUAAGAAAAUAGUGAAUUACCAUCGAUAUGUGACACUGUGAAAAAGAAAAAUGCUUUUCUUUAGUUCUUGUGCUUCAGC